AUGAUUCUUAAAUUAUGCCCUGUUAUUAUCAUUAACCAGAAGAGUAUAACAGAAUCUGAUGAUGAGGAUGCCCCUUCUUUCUGGGAAGCCCUCAAUCCUCUCUCUGUAGGUCCUAUGUCGAUAAUUAUUAAUCUAUAUGAAUAUAUAAGUCCCUAUACUUACAAAGGACCAAGCCUGUAUCAUUAUAAGUCUGCAUAUAUGAAUAAAUCGAAAGAUGCUGGUAUAGAUAUAAAUGGAGGAGUACAUAUAAAGAUAUGA